UCAGAAGAUUUUGAGACACAGCCGGUAUUGAUUUCGUCUCUGCUUGCGUCUAAUUUAAGGACGAUGUUUAAUCGCCUGGUGUGCACAUCCUGCAGAGAUCCUAUACCUUUACAGCUGCAUGCUGGUGCAGACGCGGAUAAUCCAAAAAUCUGUUUUUAUGGGAGGAAUACAUAAAGAGGUCAGGCUUGUCUAACUGACGUCAGUCAGAUAUCACUCAGUCACCAGUCGUCCGUUAUUUUUUCAUUGGUGGUCACCAUGACAUCAUUAAAUACCGGAGAGGAACACCGGGAGACCUCAGAGGUUUUGUUUUAGCGAUGAGGAUUUCCUGUCGGAUGCGGCAAACCGACAUCAUUGUUCUGCAGACAAUAUCGUAACUGAAAAGUUUGGUCGUUCUGGAAGGACUCUAUCUGUAAACAAAAAGCCAUGGGGAAGGACUACUAUAAGAUCCUUGGCAUAACUUCAGGCUCUAAUGAGGAUGAAAUCAAAAAGGCCUACAGAAGGAUGGCCCUGAAGUUCCAUCCAGACAAAAACAAGGAUCCCAAUGCUGAAGAGAAGUUUAAAGAGAUCGCAGAAGCUUAUGAGGUUCUGAGUGACCCAAAGAAGAGAGUCAUCUAUGACCAAUACGGCGAGGAUGGUUUGAAAACAGGUGGCACAGGCUCAUCUAGUGGACAAGGGACUACUUAUCACUACACCUUCCAUGGGGAUCCACAUGCCACCUUUGCUUCUUUCUUUGGAGGCUCCAACCCCUUUGAUAUAUUCUUUGGCUCUGGACGCCAACGGGGAACCACCAAUGGCACUAAUGUCCAUGGUGGCGAUCAUGACAUGGACAUUGACAUGGAUGGAGAUGAUGAUCCUUUCAGUUCUUUUAGCCACUUUGGUUUCAAUGGUAUCAAUGGUUUUCAUCAUGGUGGAGGUCGAAGACAUCGUAACGAGCCUCUUCAUGGUGGCCGUAGGAAAGUACAGGACCCUCCAGUAGUACAUGAGCUUAAGGUGUCACUAGAGGAGAUCUUCCAUGGAUGUACCAAGCGGAUGCGUAUCACUCACCGAAGACUGAACCCAGAUAGAAAGACAAUGAGGACAGAGGACAAGAUCCUUAACAUUGUCAUCAAGAGAGGCUGGAAGGAAGGGACCAAGAUCACCUUCCCCAAAGAGGGUGAUGAGACACCUGAGAACAUUCCAGCUGAUAUUGCAUUUGUGCUCAAGGACAAAGGGCACCCACUCUUCAAAAGAGAUGGAUCCAACAUUAUUUACACAGCCAAGAUUGGUCUUAAGGAGGCAUUGUGUGGCUGUACAGUGAACAUUCCCACCAUUGACAACCGAGCGAUCACAUUGCCCUGCAACGAUAUCAUCAAACCAGGCACAGUCAAGAGACUGCGUGGAGAAGGCCUACCUUUCCCAAAAAAUCCGUCUCAACGCGGGGAUUUGAUAGUGGAGUUCCAGGUGCGCUUCCCAGACAGAAUACCACCCCAGUCCCGAGAGAUCAUCAAGCAGCACCUGCCACAAUCUUAGAGGAAGUUCAGUGGAUUCACUGUAUGGUUACAUUUUUCAAACACACCGUUUCCCCCCAAACAAACAGAUGCUGAAUUCGAAGAGGGACAAAUAUGUCGUAAGGACCAGAGGCUCAUUUGAUAUUUUGUUACAGUUUUACCUAAUUUAUUAUCACUUUCUCUGAACAUGUGGAAUGUUGAUUUGGGGGAUUUUUAAGCAGUUUGUGUUUAUACCGAGGCUCAUGACUUUUCAACAAGGAUUUAAUUUUUAUUUUAUUUUAUUUAUUAUUUCCCCUUAAAAUUUUUUAUUCUCUUUGUCAACAUGUUGAAGGCAAACACUUUCAAGAAAGACAGAAUGAUGGAUUUUUUUGGAUGAAAGGUUAAUAUUUUUGGCUUAAUGAUGGAUAUGAGGAUAAUCCAACAACAGUUGGCCAUUGAUUCUGGAUUUGAAUCUGUUAUUGUGUAGCAGAUUAAAUUCCCAUCCCUUGUUAUAACUGAUAAUCUAAUUUUAAAUGAAGUGAUCUAUGUAAGACAACUGCAGUGUUGGAGACUUUUGGAUUUUAAGGAUUUUGAGCACCAGCAGAGUCAUUUGGUAACUAUUUGAUAUAUUUCCCCUCCCUCACGCUUCUCAACAGUCUACAGGUGCUCUCUGGUAGUUCUUGAAGUUUCAUGUACUGGCAUUUGUGGUGGUAUGAUUACAGGAUUUUUGAGGUCACAGAAUAUUUGAGUGCCUUAAUGUGGCUCAAACCAGCUAUUUUAGUUUCAUUAGCAAAGACCUUAGGCUAUUGUUGAAAAAAUACUCUAAUCAGAUUAAUUUGUCAUUUCUGUACCCAAAAAACGAUGUAUGGCAGUGACCAUCAUUACAGGGAUAGUUUACCCAAAAAAGGAGAAAUUGGUAGGAAGAUUAUAGUCAUCUUCAUGGUGCUCUUAACAUAUAAUGUAAUAUUGUUUCUGUGGUACACAUGAGGAGCUAGAUAGCUCACCGUCGACAAUAUCUUUUGUAGCCGAGUUAUAUUGUAGGUUAAAUAUUUGACACAUCACAUGGAUCAUAGAAAACAAAAAUCUUUGACCUAGACUAUAUGGUAAAUGCUGUAUGGUAUUUCAUGACUUGGUCUGGCAAAUCGUCCUUGCUGACAGUUCUUCAUGAUUUUAUUAACUGAGAGACGGAAAUUUUCAGUGAAUAACAAAUUUGAUGUUCUGUCAAAGUUUGUCAGCUGUAUUCAAAAAUCACUUUCAUUGUAUGAAAAUGAACAGCCUAAAUAAGAAAUUUUGUGUUAUGUGCAAAAAUAUAAUUUGAGCAACAUCUGGGCAAAAAACUAAAAAGAUUGAAGAGGGAUAGCUAUUGGAAAAUGCUUAUUCAUUUACUUCACUAUACACACCGCCACACAUUAAAAACAAAAAAACAAACAUGCUUCAAAAUGCUGAAUGACAGUCUUCAUUUCAGUAAGUUGAACAAACCCAAACUCAAUAGAAAGAUGAAAGUGAGAACUGUGAUGGUAAAAGUUGUUCUUUUUUUGAAUGCAGGUCUUCAUUGUUCAGUAAGCACAGCUAUAGCUUUUUUAUGAAGUUAUGAGGGAAUUGUUUUUUGAACAGCUUUUUACUACAACAGUUUCAGUAUACUGUAUUUCACACUUUUAAAUGUGUCAAUGUGAAAUAAUUUGCAAUAGUUCUCUGUGUUUUAGUUUAGAUUUAUAUAAAGUGCAAAGCCUACCUUUCAAACGAUUUGUGAUGUAACCGCAGCCUUUGAGAAACUGUAUUUUCUAUAUAAACAACAAUUUUCACAUUUCCAACGAUCCUUCCAGGAUAUCUCUUACACAGUCGUAACUAUGUCAUUUAAUAAUUGCUGUAUUUGGUGAGAAAAUUAAAGUAAGAAGGAACAUAACCAUUUAUUGACUAUCAUGUUGGUUUACUAUGUGCUGGUGUAUGUUUGGAACGUUGUACCAUUGUGCUCAACAGAUUUUUGGACAUCCAGCCACUUCUGUUUUGAAUUUGAAUGUCAAAUUGGAAAUGUCUCAUGUUUAUUAUUUCUGUCCUCAUGUAUGAGAGUAUUAAAUGCGGCUCCCUGCACCCAAUGGGAGGAUAAAUCAAUGCAGAAUGCAGGUGCUGUGUUCGUUUCCUGUGAUUCAGAAAGAUUCAGGCCUUGAAGAGUGUGUGUGUGUGUGUGUGUGUGUGUGUGAAGUACUAUUGAACUCUGUCAUUUUCAGUACACUUACAGUACACAUUUUUGGUGCUUUAUGAAUAAUUAAUGAGAACAUGAAAUAAACCAAAAGUCUUGACUGAAAAGAAAA